ACCACUCACCACCUCUCAAAUCCGAGAAGCUUCUCCCCCUUCGACCGUCCUCUUCUUCUCUUUCCCACUGGCCGUUUGAUAUCUUCUGCUCUGCCAGUUGUCACGAGAGUCGAAAACCCCUCAUCAUACAUCUUCCCCGCCCCUUUUUUCGGUAACGAGACCCACGCCUAUUAACGAUCUGCCACGAGCCACGCAUCUGAAAACGACUUUGUGACAUUAUCUUGAAGAGUCACAAGAUUGUUUCCUCGCAAGGAGAAAGAAAGUGAGAGAAAAAAACAGAAGGAUCGAGAGACAUCUCUACAUCGUUUGGCCCGUCAUCAUUGUCCUGUUUUAUAUCUGCAUUUUCAAACAUAUUUUUAUAUUGUUCGAAUUUUUUUGGUUUGCGAAUUUUCUCUUGUACUCGGAACGAUAAAAAAAGACUUGUAACGGCUGUUCAACGACUACGAUACCCAACAAGAUUUUACACUCUUAAUACUCUCAUUCGUCGGAUAGGGGGGUUCAUCCUACUCGCUGAGGAAUAGCAUACUCGGAACAGCAGCAUUCAUCUAUAGUGGCCUCCUAGCAUCUUGGAAAUACAACUUGUGAUUAUUGGAUUCUGCCUUACAGCUACAGACAGGUAUUCCGGUCUACAUUAAGUCGGUCCCCUACCCAUUCUCCAUUUCAUCAGACCUAUCGAAUACUCUGUGUUUUUCAGAAUAUCAUGUCUGGCCACCACGAAUAUUACGACACUAUAGGUUCCUCGCGUUCGCCUAGUGGCCAACAUCAGUCUCAGCAACAACACCAGACCUUACACCGAGUCUCAUCCCGGCACUUUGAAACGUUUGCAUCUCAGAGUGGUCUUUACACUGCGGAGGACCAUGCUGCGAGGUUCGAUACCAAUCGUUAUGGUAGUGCUCGUUUGGAUGCCGGCAUGUCUGGAGAAUACGGUUAUGGAGCAUCGGGGGCACAAACAUGGAACCCGGGUAGCUUUGGAGGUCCCGGCACUUUGGCUGCAAUGGGGGGCGCUUCGGGAAGGAUUAAGACCCCUUCCAGGCAAAGGAGUGCCUUGCCGGCGGUAAGCUUAAGUUUUGGUCGUGUGCCGGUUUGAGCUAACUGUGGGUUGCUAACAUUUGCUGCCUUCGCAGAUGUGGACUACGGAGCCAGCUCCCUCGCUACCUACGGUUUCACCACUUGCCGCUAUGGGAAAUGUUCCCUUGGGGCCUUCCCCCAUGCGUACUGAGACUGUUGGUUCAGAUCCUGAGGAGGAAUUGAUACCUACUGCUAUAGUAAUCAAAAACAUCCCUUUCGCCAUCAAGAAGGAGCAGUUGGUCCAGUUAAUGACGGAUCUCGGCCUACCACUACCGUAUGCGUUCAAUUAUCAUUUCGACAAUGGUGUUUUCAGGGGACUCGCUUUUGCCAAUUUCACCACUGCUGAGGAGACUGCAGCAGUUAUUGAUACAUUGAACCACUUUGAUCUCCAGGGUCGGAAAUUGCGGGUGGAAUAUAAGAAAAUGUUACCCUUGGCUGAGAGGGAGCGCAUUGAGAGGGAGAAGAGAGAAAGGAGAGGUCAAUUGGAAGAGCAACAUCGCCCUGUGCAAAUGCCUCUUUCUCAGCCCAACAUCCCUCUUUCGACUUCACCAUCUCCAAGCGUUGCUCGGUCAAAGCCAGGUUAGUGCUUCCUUCCCCCUACCCAAACUCAGCAGUAUUUUUCAAGACUUUCUGUGUUUGGAAUUGCAUACAUACUUGCGUUGUGUCGGUCCGGCCUUUGCAUUGACUAAUGGCUACGCUCAGACGUCGAUUUGAACGACCCCCAGACUCUACAGUUUUACUCACAACUCUUACUCUUCCGUGAUGACGUGUCUCGCGAGGCUCUUAUAUUCCCUGCUACACUUUCACCCCAACAGCGUCGAAUUGUUCAUACCCUUGCGCACCAUAUGGCCUUGGCACAUGUGUCUCGAGGGAAUGGGGAUCAGCGUCAGGUUCACGUGUUUAGGGCUCCUAUUUCCACAACCCCUAGCAUUAGCCCCCCUUCCAUUCCGACAACCGUGCACCCAGUUGAGUCCCAACGGCGAGUUCUAACAAGAGCUACAACAAUGGACUUCAGCGAUGCCCGUUCAGAGGGAGCAGGUAUUUACUCGACCAUGGGAAGACAGGCGCAUGCUCUGCUUGACAUUCCGAACUCACCAUCUGGCCGAGCCGAUGCCCUGCACAGUCGCCAGAACUUGCGCGCCGCAAAAUCGUUUGCUGACUUGAGGUCAUAUACGCCAUCCCCUGUACCGUCAUCUGCCAGCUUCCCUGCAGCCCUUGGGGGGAAUGUUUCCCGAUACACUGAUAAUUAUGGGAGCGUCGCAUCGACUACUCCUAGUCUGACACCAACCGCAACUGGUACUACCGUGUCUGCUUCAAAUGCUAGUGAGUCGUUACUCGUAAAUGGACUUGCUGGAGUGUCGCUUACGUCCUCCCUGGGUGGUAAUCUUGGUAUCGGUGGUGCGAGCCUUCGAGAUCCCCGGGAUCCUAGGGGUGUCCUUGCCGAGAGAGAACGUCAGCAGCGAGAACGAGAGAGGGAGAAUGGUGAACGGGAGAAUAUGAGCAUUUCUACUACGGGCGGAGGAGGUAAUGGUUUACAUCACAGCGGAUCGAGGAACUUUAGCAUGGGCAGCAGCAGUGCAGGCGCAUACGACCAGGAACCGUUGUCGGCUUCCACCACUAGAAGUGAUGGCAGGGGUCAAGUUGUGCCUACUAGACAACCACGGGGGCCGGAUUCUGAGAGGGCGCCUGGUUUUGCGUCAAGGAGGGGUCAGCAUCAACGUGCGUCUGGUGGGGAACUUGAUGUUCAAUCUGGUGUUGAGAUUGUUGUUGAAUAGAAUUUUUUUUUCACCUUUCUGAUUUUUCACCUUUUUCAUUGUUUUCUUUUGAUCCUCCAAUAACUCCUUUGAAAUUACCGGAAUUAUUAUUAUUAUUUAUUCAAUUCCCUCAUUAAAAUUCUGCCCCCUCUCCCCUUCUUUUUUUGCCCAAAGUACAAUUCCAUAAUGUUGGUUGUAGGUCGUUGAUUUCUAUUACAUGAGGUGUUUUGUCUUUUAGUUGCGGACUAGGGACGCGGAGGAAUGGAGGUUUGAGAUGAGCAAAAAAAAUGCAAAAGUUACAAAAAUUCCCCAUCGGCGCGUUUUUAAAAGCAAGGUUUCCAUAAUUUGAUAGGGGAAAUGGGCGGGAUCAGAUGGUUUCAUAAUGUGGUCAAGAAUAGUUAAGUGUGAGCUAGUUUUUUUCUUCCCCUUUUUCUUUUCUUUCCUUUACUAUAGCCCUGCUAUUAUCACUGUAGUUCCAGUUCGGGAUAGUAAAAGCGUCACAAAUACUCACUCGGGUUGUUCUGCGGUUUUUUCCUCUCUUCUUUUUUCUAUCCCUUCCAAAUCAAACUUGUGUUAGCUGAAAGGGUUAGGAAGCGGGAGUACAGAGCGAGGAAUUUUGGUGCCUAAUUUGAGGAUGUGAGUGAAUUGCCGACGCAAAGGCAGAGAGGCAGAGGGAGAGACAUUGCUGCUUACUGUCAGCCUGUGUGGGUGCUCGUAUUGCGUCGGGGUGCUGGAGUUAGGGUUGUUGCGAACCGAUCAUUUUGAUAGCGGUUGGG